AUGUUGCGAACGGCGAGAAUCUCGGCUCUUAGAGCGCCAAGGCCUCUCUAUACCAGUUCUCUUCUGUGCCAAAGAAGGGCUGCCACAACGGAUGCUAAUGUGGAGAAGAAAGAGGGCGAUAUUUCCUCAGUCUUCAGAUCUCUGUCGGCCGGCGACUCGACAGAGACUUUGCCACAAAGGUUUGCUGAAGUCAAACGGAAUCUUAUUCAGGAUCCAGUGGCGCUUCAGAAUAGCUGGAAUCGGCUACUCGAUCACCUAAGAGUCGAGACUGAAAAGAUUGCCAAGCAAGGAUCGGCCUGCAUCCCAGAAAUUGAUUUUUCUGACAUUGAAAAUCCAUCAAAAGAUUUCAAUGAUGCGUUGAGAAAGAGGGGGGUUGCAGUUAUCCGCCAGGUAGUUCCUGAGAAAGAGGCCCGGGCCUACAAGGAGGAGAUUGAACAAUAUGUUGCAGCAAACCCUUCAACAAAAGCAUUUCCACCGCACGAUCCCCAGGUAUUUGAGCUGUAUUGGUCAAAGCCCCAGCUAGCAGCUCGAGGUCACCCCAAUAUGAUUGAGGCGCAGAAGUUUCUGUUAUCAUAUUACCACUCAAAAGAUCCUCAUACCCCCUGCUCUCUCCAGCAGCCCCUCACAUAUGCUGAUCGUCUGCGUAUUCGACAGCCCGGUGAUGCUGGGUUCGCCCUAGGUCCACAUAUAGAUGGUGGUGGCGUUGAGCGAUGGGAGAAAGCAGGAUAUGGUCAAGGCCAAGUUUAUGACAAGAUAUUCGAAGGAAAGUGGGAGGAAUUCGACGCUUGGGAGUUGAGCACCCGCUUGAAAGCCAAGCAGGACUUGUAUAAUGGUGCAGGCGCCUGCAGCAUGUUCCGGAUGUUCCAGGCAUGGCUCGGCAUGUCGCAUACAGGUCCCAAGGAAGGGACACUUCUUGUCAACCCUUUACUGUCGCUUUCAACAUCUUACUUUCUGCUUCGGCCUUUCUUCGCCCCGAAGAAGCAAUGGGCUUCAGAGCCAGGCUCUCCUUAUACUCCUGAGUACUUGAACAGCGACAACUGGGCUUUGGCACCACCCGCGUCUCCUGAACUUCAAGGCGCUUGGCCAGGCCACUGCCAAGAGCUGAACCACGUUCUUCACCCUCACCUAAAUCUCCCCAAAACGAUGGUGCAUGUACCACGAAUCAGGCCCGGAGACUACGUUGCGUGGCAUUGCGACACCAUCCAUGCUGUGGACAGUGUGCACGGCGGGAAGAGCGACUCAAGUGUCCUAUACAUCCCGGCUUGCCCUACAACAAAGAUCAAUCUGGACUAUGUUCGUAAGCAGCGCGACCAUUUCAUCCAAGGAAUCCCGCCGUUUGACUUUCCCGGCGGCGUGGGCGAAAGCCAGCAUGUCGGCCGACCGGGUGCAGCUGCGUUGAAAGAGCUGUCCAACGAAGCUGCUCUUCGGGCAUUUGGAUUUGCGCCAUUUGACGUUGCGGUAGCAAAGGAGCAAGAGGAGGCGAGCCUGCUUGAAUAUGGGAACAAGGUACUGGGCUUCUAG